AUGUCUGCAGAACUCGCUCUCGCAGUUGUCAGCGUCGUCGACAUUUGCAUCAAGCUUGCCAACAAGACCCUGCGCAUCUGCCAAGCUUUCAGGACUGCGAAGAAAGAUCUCUGUGAUAAGGUGCUUUUACUCGAAACGAUUUGGACGAAACUAGAGAUACAGCUCGUUUUCCUCCGCGGGAUCAAAGAUCAUCUGACUGAAGAACUUGCACAAUGUCAUUUUGAUCUUCUCCAAAGACUACGCGGAACUCUGCUACAGGCGGUAUCUCAGCUCGAAGCAGCGGCUUCAUCGAUAGUCGCCUCCACCAGUACUGGACAGGGACAUGUGCUGACCAGAAUGCUUCAGCUUGACAGGUGGAGAUAUGCUGUGGCCAAAAAAGGGUUGGACGCGUUGAUGACGGAGUUACAGUGCUGGCAAAGUCUGUUCGAUCCAUCGUGGUAUACGAUUAUGCUCAUCGGCGGCAAGGUCUUGGACCCGGCACUGCAGCAGUUAGGACAAGAUAGAUCCCGACAGCUACCACACAACCAAUCUCCCGCAAGCCCUCUGGAUCACAUGUUUGCGUUAAGAAAGGCCAUCGAUUACACGAUCAACACCGAUAUCAGAAGUGCGAAUAGCAUCGUCAUGGAUGAGACAGGAUGGGACUUUACCACAGCAACCAGCGUUCCUUUUUCAAGCGUCAACGUUGUGGCCCGACCGAAAUCUCAAAGUCUGUAUGUCAUGGAAGGCAUUGGUACUGCCCCAAAUACCAACACAAACACUACAUCGGACGCCUAUCAACUAUGCAGGAGACUCCAGAGCGUUGACCCAAGCAUAUUUGGCCUUCUACGCUGCAAGGGUCUCCUCGAGAUCAUUGACGACAACAAGACCUUUCCCCUCGGUCCCCAGAUUGUGUAUCAUACCCCGGCCCAGGCAGACCCUCUCAAGCCGCCUACCACCCUUCGCAGCCUCUUACUUGAGCAAAGACCUGUUUGUCUCAGUUCGGUCAUCGCACUGGCAAAACAGCUUGUUCGUUCUGUCAGCUUCGUGCACACCUGCGACUUGGUACACAAGAAUAUUCGUCCGGACAAUAUUCUGCUGUUCCCAACAGCUCUUGCUGCUCUGCGACCUCUGGAACUGGGCCAGGCUUUUCUUGUCGGCUUCUCGCAAUUUCGAAGCAUCAACAUGGAGACGAACCGCCUCGGUGACACAGCCUGGUAUCGGAACCUUUACCGGCAUCCAGCACGACAGGGACUUUGCAUUUUGGAGAGAUAUGUUAUGCAGCACGAUAUAUAUAGCCUGGGUGUGUGCCUCCUUGAGAUUGGAUUAUGGCGGUCUUUGGUCUGGUACCCGUCCACCAGUAGCUCGACCUCGUCAACCUAUCAUCACCCCAAUCACACUAACUCGUCAUCAUCGAUCCCAACUCCUGUUCCUGGAUAUUCACUGCAGCUGAGAAAGCAUCUGAGCGAUCGGGACUUUGAACAUGCCCAUUUACCAGGAUCCACGUCAUGGAUCAAAGAGGAUCUUGUCUUGCUGACAAAACAGACCCUCCCGCAGCGCAUGGGGCGGUUGUAUACAGAGAUCGUGGUGGAUUGUCUUACCUGUUUGGAUGAUGGGAAUAAUGAGUUCGGCAGCUCGGACGUCACACAUAACAAACAGGAUCUGAUCGUGGUCGGGAUAAAGUUCGUUGAGAGGAUUCUAGGGAAGAUCGAGGGAAUCACGCUGUAG